AUGGGGCUUUUUUCUUCGUCAUCUCUUGCAUGUGCUAAGAGACGUUGUGCGCUUUUGAUACGGUUCAAGACUACUGUGCCUCAUCCCUUCUCUUCUACCUCCAGCACGGAUUUCACCAUAGCUGAUGACGACAGACUUAUAAACAGAAAUGAUUUUAGAGGAGUGCCGGCGCGGAAUGAAAAAAAGAAGCGUUCGCGGCUUCCGGAGACGGUUUUAUCCGGAAUGCAAGAGAGUUUGCGGCGAAAUUACCGAGUGCCUGCUAGUACUGUGUUUCUCGAUGUAGUAAGAAGGAUGGAGGAGGACGAUGAAUCACUCGUUUCAACGUUACGGCGUUCAUCGGAUAGAUGGUUACCAAUGAUUCUCCGCUCAUGUGGAAAAGCCAUUUCUAACAUUCCAAAAGAAUCACGUCAACAAAUUCUGGCUCGCUUUUGGAAACAGUUGGAACUCAAAGAAAUUCCUAUCGGUAUAUUGUCGAUUAAUGCGAUGUUAUGCUCGAUGCUAGAGAAUGACUCGCACUUCUCUUCAAAAGAUGUUUUGGAGGAUGUUGAAACUAAAAGGGGACUGGAACCUGAUCAAGAAACGUUUGAGCUGCUUCUUAAUAAUCUUGCUCGACAAGGAGACACUGAAGGGUGUCGGGCUAUGGUCUAUGAAAUGGCCAAACGUGGAUUCAUCGUGAAUCGUGCUUGUAAUGAUGCACUAGUCUAUUGUUUUGCUGUUAGAGGACAUCAUGCGAAAGCGGAUUCGUUGGCAGAGCAAGCGAUGGGUAAGUAUGGCGUUGAUGCAGUAGCCAGUGCACAGGGUGUUUGUGCGAAAGCUGCAGCUUCUCGUGCAGACCUGAAUCGGUUGAGGUCGGUUUUACGACGCACUGUCAUGGGAGAGGAACGAAAGCUCAUAUUGUCUGUUAACGACAUUCUUGAAACCAUCUGGUUAUUAUCGGAAAAGAGCCGAGACGGUGAUGGCGCAGAAUUCGUCAAUCUCACGGAGCAGAUGCUGAACCACACAUCCCGAGGUCCAGGUUUCUUCCGCCUUCUAAUAAGAGAAGUUGAAAGGCAUAUAUGUCAUCAGCAUUAUUACACUGCAGUAGCACUAUUGGAAGAUACAAAUAGAAUAUCGGACUGUUUAAAAAAUCAACAAAAGUUUUUGUUCUUAAACCAAAUGAUCGGUCAGCUCAGUCGACAAAUAAUUCGUAAUGAGGUGAAUGUGGUGAAGAUGAAUGAUAUAGCCAACAGAGUAGUUGCAGUCUUCAAAAACUAUCAAAAUGCGCCACGAAUUCAUGACGAUCUACUUUAUGCCGUAAUCAUGUACAAAGAAUUCACCAUGGAUAAAAGAAUUGAAUAUGUUACCGCACUGAUUGACAUGGUGGAUAGAGAGCGAACGAGGCAUCAUUUGGUGUUGCCUCUUCUUGCAAGCACUGAUGAUGUGGAGGAACGACUAAAAAUUAUUUUCCGCUGCUCAAAUAUUGGAUACAAGGAUCUGUCAGAGCUUGACAUUUCCGUAUUGUCACAUCUUGUGCUGCAACCACUAUAUGACAGACAACGAAGUUCUCGCGGAGAACUUUCGAAACUGGACAAAGUUUCCAAGAUUCUUAAAAGCUUCGGAAGCACAUCUGAAUCUGUUUGGCAGACUAUGUACUCAUGGUGGCAAGAGAAAUCUACGGAGGAAAAGCGGAUGCCAAAUCUGGAAGAUGCUCUGCGACCAAUGGCGGGGGAACUUCAAGGAUGGUUGCGACAUCACUACACGACCACAUUCGAACUGGAAAAGAAGAUUUUCAAGCCACCUCCUAUUCGAGUUACGUAUGAAAGGCUUAAGAAGUAUGUGGAAGACAGGGAUUCGUUGAAAACUCACGCUUUCGUGUCCUCUUACGGCUGGCCUGAAGGCACAAAUUUCGAAGAAAUCAUUCCGGACCUGCUCGGACUGUACUUGGAUCAUGAAGAAUGGAUUAAUGUACACAAGAUGCUUGUCUCCUUAUCUGCUCAAUCCAGCAAGUGGCAGAACGCAGAAAAUCCAUCGUAUUCUCCCAUAAAAAACUAUCAUCUGUUGCAAAUUCUUCGCAGAUUGUCUAAUGAGGGUGACGAAAUCUCUAUACGAAAAAUGAUCAAUUAUGCUUAUGAACUGCGAAGACUAUUUCCUGGAGCAACUGCUAACUACGACACCUUCUUCAAUACCUUACACGAGUAUAACCGUCUCUUUGGGAAAUGCUUUGAGAGACUUCCAAAUCCUUCCGUUGAAAAAAUAGACGAGUGCAUAGAUCUAUUACGAACGUUGAUUAAACUUGAGAUUCUCCAGUUACACCCUAACGAAACACUGACUUCAGUGUUCAUAGGAAACAUCUUAAAGAGGCUUGGUUGGGAAGAAGCUGUGAACACAUGGAUGAAAUUCCAGUCCAGUUUGUAUUGUUCGAACGGGAUUGUUCCCCUGUUACGAUACUGUCUCACGCACAAAUCGGAUAGUUCUAAACGUAACAUUCAGUACGUACUUCACAAAGCUCAAAAUUUUCUACCACAAUCACGUGUUCACUGUCUUUAUGCCGCAGUUCUGGUCGCAAAGCGCUGCGAAGACGAGGCUGCCAAUUAUUUAGAAGAACAUAAAUCUGAAAUCGACCCCCUUGACGCUGUGAUGGCUAUGCGAUACAUGAAUGCCCUAAGGGCAAAAAUUGUGGACGAAGAGUUUAUAAGGCAAUUUGCGGAAAUAUGUCUCAAGCAUACAAAGCUCACCAAAGACGUUGAAGCAUCUCGGCAAAUGCAGGCCGAUUGGAUGCGAUUGUGUGAACAACGUAAAUUGGCUCCACUUGCCCUCCGGCUAUACGACCUCUUCAAGCGUUAUGGCGUCGACCUUCAUGAUGAUGAGAAAGCUCGUCUUUGGAAGAUGGUAGGCGAGCACGAAGUUUUGGCGAGUCGUUGGAUCUAUGAACCUGAAGGUUUCCUACGAAUACAACUGGAUGACGAGUUGGUACAUAGCACCGAUGUCUAUCAGAUUCAGCAAGUCCUCAAGAAUGAGAUUUCCGCCAUUCAGCCAUCAGCGUGA